AUGAAGUUCAGCUUGCUCGCUCUGGCGGCUGUUGUUUCCUUGGGCAUGACUGCGCCGGUCCCUGACGAUGCUGCCGCCGAUAGCUUCCCUCCUCCCGGGUGGAAGCGCGACGAUGCUGCCGCCGAUAGCUUCCCUCCUCCCGGGUGGAAGCGCGACGAUGCUGCCGCCGAUAGCUUCCCUCCUCCCGGGUGGAAGCGCGACGAUGCUGCCGCCGAUAGCUUCCCUCCUCCCGGAUGGUAA